GCCACAGGACUCCGGCCGGGGCCGCCGGCCCCUCGGCGGGGCACCGCCCAGCGCCCCCUUCCCGCGGCGGGGACCCCCUGCCCCUGGCCUCGGUGCUGGGGAGGAGCGGGGGUGCCCUGGAUGGCCCUGCGCACUGGGACGGCUUGGUUUGGGCAGGUCCUGCGCAGAGUUUCCAGGCUCCAGGGCACCUGGUCCCGGCGCUCCAGCAGCCUCCUGUGCCUCUCCUCCUCCCAGGAGCCCGAGCAGGCGGGCGGAGAGCGGCCGCCGCCGCAGCACAAGCUGCCCCGGAGCAGCGGCAGCGGCGGCGGCGGGCGCCGCCACCCCCCCCGGCAGCUGCCCCCCUGCUGCGGCUGCUGCGGCCUGUCGGAUCCCCGGGCGGCCAGGGGGGGACAUGGUCCCCUCACUCGCCCCUUGCUGGCGGCCAUGAAGAGGCAGAACGUGCGGACCCUGUCCCUCAUCAUCUGCACGUUCACCUACCUGCUGGUCGGGGCUGCCGUCUUUGAUGCCCUGGAGUCCGACAACGAGAUGCGGGAGGAGGAGAAACUCAAAGCCGAGGAGAUCCGGCUCAAGGGAAAGUACAACAUCACCAGCGAGGACUACCGGCAGCUGGAGUUGGUGAUCAUGCAGUCUGAGCCGCACCGGGCCGGCGUCCAGUGGAAAUUCGCCGGCUCUUUCUACUUUGCCAUCACGGUCAUCACGACCAUUGGUUAUGGACAUGCUGCCCCAGGGACGGACGCGGGGAAGGCCUUUUGCAUGUUCUACGCAGUCCUGGGGAUCCCACUGACACUCGUCAUGUUCCAGAGCUUGGGCGAGCGGAUGAACACCUUUGUCAAGUACCUCUUGAAACGCAUCAAAAAGUGCUGUGGGAUGAGGAGCACUGAGGUCUCCAUGGAAAACAUGGUCACUGUGGGUUUCUUCUCCUGCAUGGGAACACUCUGCAUUGGAGCAGCAGCCUUUUCCCAGUAUGAGGAAUGGAGCUUUUUCCAUGCUUACUAUUACUGCUUUAUAACAUUGACUACGAUAGGGUUUGGAGACUAUGUGGCCCUGCAGACCAAAGGGGCCCUUCAGAAGAAGCCUCUCUACGUGGCUUUUAGCUUUAUGUACAUUCUAGUGGGGUUGACAGUCAUCGGGGCAUUUCUAAAUCUGGUUGUUCUCAGGUUCUUAACCAUGAACAGCGAGGACGAGAGGCGGGAUGCCGAGGAACGGGCAUCCCUGGCAGGGAACCGCAACAGCAUGAUUAUCCACAUCCAAGAGGACUCCCAGCAUGGUCGGCCACGGUACAAGGCCGAAGUAACAGACCUUCAGUCAGUUUGUUCCUGCAUGUGUUACAGGUCCCACGAGUACACCAGCCGGGUGGUGUCCCACCAAAAUUCGUUCAGCUCAAAGCUGAACCCCCAGUACUUUCACUCCAUCUCUUACAAGAUAGAGGAGAUCUCGCCAAGCACAUUGAAAAACAGCCUUUUCCCAUCUCCUGUCAGCUCCAUCUCACCUGGGUUGCACAGCUUUACAGAUAACCACAGGCUGAUGAAAAGGCGAAAGUCCAUUUAAAGGGAUUUGUCUUCUUUGCUUUCCUUGUUUUCCCCAGUUCUUUUCCAUUGUUUUGGGUUUUUUGUUCCUUGAGUGAGACGGAGCGAGGCCAAAGGGAGCAACGAAAGCCAGUCCUCCUCUGAGACUCAGCUUUUGAGCAUGACGCAUGGAUUAUUACUGUUCCAGCAAAGUAUGCCUUACAUUACCCCCUCGGUGGAUGUCAGAGGAUUCAAGGUGACGUGAAGUGGGUACCAAAUCCAAAGUUGCACACACAGCUGGGAGCCUUCAUGUGCCACUGGCACUCCUGACCUAAUAAACUAUUUUCCUCACGAGCAGGUUGCAGCGUGCGUGUGUGCUUGCGUGCGUGUCGGGUGCGUGUGCGUGUGGGUGCGCGUGCAAUUCCACAACUAGUGCCAUGUGACAAAAAUUAAAGCAUCAGGUAUUAUUUUUUUUUUCCCUUGAAGCAAUUGUGUUGAGCCUGCUUUUAACUUUUAGAUUGCUUCCAAACGGAACGGGGAGGGUGGGAGGGGAGCCAGUUUUGUUUUUUGCCAAAACAAGCAUGCGCCAUAAGCAGUCAAUAUACCAGGUGUAUCAUGAUAAAUUUUUUAAUGCUAGAUUUUAGAUUGUACUAACAUUUAAAAAAGGCAGGAAAAGAUGGAUCAUUUUAGCUUGCCAGUUCAAAAUUUAAAAAACAAAAAAUAAAAUAAAGCAUGCACUUUGUAAAACUGGUAUGCAUAAUAAAAACACAAGAAAAAAUAGCAAUGGAAUUAAUAAUCAAAAGCAAGUUAUCCUAUUGAUUUAACUAUAUUUACUUUUAUCAUUUUCAACUGUUCCAACAAUUUACAAGUGGGAUUUUUAAGAGAAAUUGGGACAAUUGUUGGAAUUACAGAGUGUAUUUUGUUAUUUUUAUUUUAUUUAUAAAAUUAUUAUUAUUAUUAUUAUUAUUAUUAUUAUUAUUAUUAUUAUUAUUAUUAUUAUUAUUAUUAAUUUGUGCAGCAAUUACCUGCAUGAAUAGGAAUUAUAUUUUUUGGAAUGCUUGGAUUAGGAUGGGUAUAAAUAGGUGGAUGUAUAUUUUUUCUUAUAUAAUAGUGACAGGGCAUUCCUUGUUUUAAAUAAAAAAAUAAAGAUGAUUGUCUCUAAAUGCUUUUGAUUUGUAAAUAAUGGAAAGCCUUUGUUGGUCUCAGGAAGAAUUCAAGGGACAGUAUCUUGUGUUUGGCUCACUGGGAACUUGUGAGAUUAGCUGUGAUACUGCUUUUUUGCCAGGCAGAAAGGCAAAAUGGAUUUAGCAGUAAUGGGCAAAAGCAGUUUUACUCCAGUGUUUGGAGGGUACCGUUGGGAGUGAUUGCCUUGGCAAGUUGUAGUGCAGCAUGUUAAGACCAUGUAGUAGAGUUGUUCCUUGGAGAUUGUCCAUCUCUUGGUUGUUCAUCUGGACCAAACAGACUUUACAGACUGAUUUAGAGGCCUAAUCCAGCUCCCUUUUAAGACAACAGGAAUUUGCAAUUGUUACAUGGGAUUUAGUGCUUUGGGAGAUUUAUCUUUGGUUUGACAAGGGUAGGACUGGGACUUUUAUAAACCUGCACUUUGUCUCUAAUUUAAUCCUAUCUUUUAAAUCACCUUUAAUGUUAAUUCACCAUACAAACCCCAUCUUUUUUUUGGCACUAAUCACAUCCUGCUGAUUCUAUCAUUUUGUGCUCUCAGUGUAAAAGCAAUAAUCUUUUUUUUUUUUUUUCUUAAAACUGGAUGGUGUGUGUUUGCACAAGCCCCACCUCUUGAGCUCUGUGCGCUGAUGGAUGCUGAUAACCUUUCAAAGAGGCAUCUAUAAAGAGCUUUAAUAAGGAGAAAUAAGGAAUGUCAUUCCUCCUCUGUUCUCUUCUCCCUGGCUUUAAAUUACUAGCUGUAUCAUCAAAUAUGUUCAUGUUCUCCUAAUUUCCAUAGCUGUGUUUCAGUAAGUAGAUGGAAAGCGAGUAUCCAUGACUCUGACUCCCCUAUGCAACUUCCUUUGGGAUUAUAAAUUGCUGUGGCAUGAAAACCUCCACUAAGAUUAAUGAAGAAAUAAUUUAGGAUUCUUAAUGAGGAUGGAUGAGGGUGGACUUUUGCAGCCUAAUGUGUGGGGAUAACAUCCUUCAACACAGUAGGAGAGCAUGCUGGGUGCUGUAAUGCUGUGCUGCUGGUACCAUGUCCAAAGGCAAAUGCUGGUGGCAGAAGUACUGAAGCAAGCACACCUAGAAAACCAGUUUCAGGAUGUGUUAAACCACCUCAGCGACUACCACCUGGAAGCUGGUUUCCACAAGAGUGGCCCAUAGGUUUCACAGUGCUGUCCAAAUUCACUUUCAUAGUCUUUGCUUGAGGCAUCUCAGAAGUGCAAAUAAAUGUAGCUUUCUUUUCCUGCUAAGGAGAUAAGAAAAAGUAUGCCUGGAAUACACGCAUCUAUAUCGUGUACAACUGCUGGGUCUAUAUGACACUUGAGAAAAGCAGGCAAAGUCUGGGGUUUUGCAGAACUUGAGUUAAAUUCUGUCUGCCUAGCAAUGAACUUCUGCAACAGAACUUAGCAAAACCUUUCAACAGUUUUGUGACAAAAAAACAACAAAACAAAACAAAACCAAAUCAAAAACCUGUUACAUCUCAUAAAACAUUGGUGAGCUUUUUUUUCUUUUUUCCUUUAAGAAAGGAGGAAAAAUCUAUUUCUGCUGCAUACAAAAAUAAUCUUUAAACGUCCUAUAAAUUAUGUGGAACUCCAGAAGUUCAAAGCUGUUACAUACCAUAGCUGAAUUGUUACUAAAUCUCCCCUCUAGAGCCAUGAAUGAGUAGUAGAUUUUAAUAACAUGGGGUAUUUAACUAGAGGAACAAUUUACCUCAGCAUGUUGUGGGUUAUCUGCCACUUAGAGUCUUUGCAUUAAACCUCAAUGGCUUUAUAAGAGCUCUGCUUUAGCUUAGCUGAAGUUUAUAGAGGUAGUGGAAGAAAUGUAUGUAUGUCGAGACAAAGGAGCCAGAGUAGAUGUCCAUAGUCAUACUUUUAAGUGUAGAAGCUGUAAGGAGUUUGUAUAUGGGAAAGUAUUUUGCUAAAUUGUUUCUGCAUUCAUUAGGAUUUUAAAAUAUGCUUAUUUAUUUUUAUUUUUCACCUGAAGAACCCGCAAUUCUGUCCAAUCUGUAUUUUUGUUACACAUGAGAUUCUGAAGUGGCAAGACGUUCCCUUUGCAAGACUGCACACGUUCAGACAUUUGCAUGAGCUCCUGCAGGACCUUGCUUUGUGAGCAGCCACAAAUAAAAGAACUCUCAUGUGUAUGCCAGGCAAAAUAUACCUCUCUCUUUGGUGAUUUUUGUGGCUCUUGAGUGAUGUGUGAAUAAUGACUUGAGCUGUCUGGAACUGGAACAGAAAGUAUUGUGAAAGGGAAGCUUUUGUUCAAGGUUAAUCCCAGCUUUUCAGUUACACAUGAAAAAUCAGUCAGUGAAAGGUGAGCUGAUUUUUGUCUGCUCUCUCUCUGACCUCUUAUUGCCCUACAUGAAUACCAGUUUUCUUCCCACAACACUGCUUUUCACAGGGUAUUUUCUCUGAUGCAACGUUAGUUUUCUUCCACUUAAGACAUUUCUUUCCGCACAACCUCUCUUGCUUGCUACUGGCUCUUUUGAAACUCAGCUAGAAGCAGGUAGUAGUAGUGCUGCUAUGACAAGACAUCCUAGUAUCCAAAAUGCCUAACCUGUGUUUCCGUAGCACACAGACGUCUGCUAUCACUUUGUGAUGCACUCUUAUUCCCCAGAGUCUCAUUUCCCCUACUCUUCCCUAUUAUUAAGCAUUAGAAAUAAUAAUAAUAAAUCAGAUUAGUCUAUUUAUGUCACACUAAUGUGCUCUUCAUCAAAACAACACAAAUUUAGCUCCCUGCUGUCGACUUUGAUUAUAUAACAACCCUAUUAUCCUAUCAUAUUUCAUAUUAUCAUCAAAGGGAAAAAUCAGUUUGAUCACUGAAGCACCAAAAUAGCUUUGGCUGAGCACGCUGUGAUAUGGAAACGAAAGGGGAAACUUAAUAGAACAAUGCAGGCACAAGUCUCUGCUUCGUCUUCAUUACUGCGUGAGGAAGAUUCUGACUGAUCUAACUGGCUCUGCUUUGCCAGAACUUUGUACAUAUAUAUAUAUAUGCUUUAUAAGGAUGGCUAUAGUGGGACAGCUUUAAAAGGGGUGUUUGGAUGUUACUUCAAGGGUCCAAAAUAGCUUCUUGGUUGUUAAUGAAUGGAGAAGAUGUACAGGGACCUUCAUCAAUAGACUUCUGUUUGAAGUCCUCUAUUACAGCCUAUUAGGACAAGAUCAACGUUAUUUAAAAAAAAAAAAGAAAUUAGGGAAAUGGCCAAUUUACUGUAUUGUAGUUGUCUCAUUAAUUUCCUAGUGCUUCAAUUGAAGAAAUGCCAGGGCAGUAAUCAAGAUUAUUGUGAAUCAAACCUGAGCAAGGUAAUUCCUUGUAUUCUCUGACAGAUUUGAAAGCUUUUGUUGGGGGUGGUUGGGGGCAGGAAGCAUCAUCUGUUGCUAAAAGCUUAAAAAAGGGCAGUCAGCGGAACCAAGAUGGAGAAUAACAAUGUUCCAGAACAAUUUGGUGUGUCCAGACCAGAGGGCAGGGGCUUGUGGGGAGGUAGCUUUCAGCUGAAGUUUAUGUUCUCAUUUAGCUUUAUGUAAUAUUCCUGUUAAUAUUAGGAUCUAAUUAAGACAGUCAUUUAAUAUCUUUAUGAAGAAGCCAGAUCAGAGAGAUGUGUUGGAGUCUGUCCAUUACACUAAUGUUAUAGACUUUUUUAAUGCAUAUUUCAACAAGACACUAUUAUGGACUGGAGUAUUGCACAAAUUACAAUUAGAAUCACACCACCACUACUUUCAUCAACUGGAGAUCCAUAACACAGAACUGAAAAAGAAAUACUGCCUUUCUGACCAGCCUGCCUUUAAUAUCAAACUUUAUUUUGGGAACUUCAGCAAGAUAUAGCAUAUGAAAAGAAUUAACCAUCAUAAUGAUACACCAAAAUCGAAACAAAUGGAAUAAUGACAUUGGACACAGAGAAAUUGAUUAUAGAUGGAAGGCACUCUGGGAGUCUUAUGCUAGUUAAUCGGAGCUCAGUGGCUGAAUUAAAACCAUGAAAACUGAUGGUACUCUGUGCCAAAAUACAGUUUUCAAUUAUUUAAGAUGCAGAUAAUGAACAUGGCAAAGAAACUUUCACCCCUAUAAAAGCAGUAGGAAGGAAAAAAGAAAGUUGGAAAGAAAUAAAUUGUUCUCAAUAGUAGGAAUAAAUCCUGUUAUUUCCAACUGAACCCACCGUGAGGUGAUACUGAAGACUGUUGUGCUUUGAUCUGGGUAAAAUCAGUCUGGGAGGCUGACUGUCCUCUGCUUAGUCAAGGUCUAUGCCAUAAUGUUUCACUGGUUACUGCUGAUAAGGAGAUUCAUGGAGUUCCUGAUUCUCUAGUCAGGUUUUUGCUGCUUGUCUUCAUUGAAACCAGGGUUUUAUUCAGCCAGCACAUCCUGAGCAGUGCUAGUCCCUGUUAUCUGUUCUGUUAGUGAUGCUGUUUCCUUUAUGGAUGCUUCCAAGUGCAAGGGUUCAGUAGGAUGUAAGCAAACUCUUUUGUUCUUUAAAGCUUGGAGUGGCAGGACCUUCCGCUGAAGCCACUGCAUGGUUUACUAAAGCUAAACUUAUUCAAACUGGCUCUGAGUCAUUCAUUUAAUUGGAAAUUGUUUGGUGAUUGUUACUCUUAUUUUUUCCUUUUCCCCAAAGAGGCUUCUUCACAGCCCCUGACUGACUCCCAGUCAAACCGUAAUUUCCUCUGCACAAAUUUCCAACUCAUGUACAUGUACUCAACAAUAAUUCCUUCUGGGGAAAAGUCCAACAUAAAGCUUCAAAUUGAGGAGCUUUCAGCAUUUGUGCCCCCCAUUACACUGGGAGCUCCACAAAGUUUGUCCUUGGAGAAUGCAGACAUGGGAAAUGCGUGAUGGCUGGGUCUGCACAUGACCUAGGUGGAUAUUACAGCUGCUAAGAUGGCUCUUGCCGGACUAUUUUGUGAAGCUGGUGGGUUUACAGCGCUGUGAAUUGGUAAGCUAUGGAGAAAUGUAAAUGCUGUAAGGCUAGUUUUUUCUUGCACAGGUUUCCAAUAUGGUAACCUGAUUUGGGUGCAGCGCAUUGACUCCUGAUUUAUACUCCUUUAAUGAAACUGGAAUGUGAGGCUUUUUCUAUUUAUUGCUAGAUACCCGAUCAGUGUCUCCAACUGCUGCUUACCGUGAGCAAACUUUCCCAAACCUAAUGGAGAGCAGAAAGACCUAAAGACAACAGUCAACCAGUGUAAUUUAUGCAACUGUAUAUUGCUUUGUAGAAUCCAGUCACCCAAAGCUGCCUGCUAAUUUUAGGCUGGAAAUACUAUCCCUGGAGCCUUCAGCCUUCAUUCUUCUGUCCUUCUGUGAAUAUUGUAAUUAAUAAAUACCCCAAAGCCCUCCCUCACCUUGCUCUCUGACAAUGUAAGAAGUGCUGCCAUACAUUAACACUCACAACAGACUGGGAGGGGGGAAGGGAAUGGAAAAAGAAAGAUUAAUGCUGAAAUUUCAUUUGUAAUUAAUAUUCACAGUUCCAAGCUGUGUGGUCUUUUAGUUCACUUUGGGAAAUGCAGAGCAAACAACAGCAUGAUAACAUUUAUCAUAGCUGGCUGGUUCACAAGUGGAGCUAGCAAAUACAAUAAUUGAAACUAUGCUCUAUAAUGCAUCUUCCUCAUGCAUGAGUUCUGAUACCACUAGCCUGGCUCUGAUUCAUUGUUUAUCUGGUCUAUGGAACAGCUUGCAGUAAUUGCUGUAUCCAGAGCGCUAUACUUGAGGCUAGAAGAGAGAUCCAUUUCACAGACAGCAGCCCUCCAGCUUUCUCCAUAUGCCCUCCCUGCUUUCCUACCCAGACAUUAACUCAUUAGCUUGCCAUUUCAUAGACGUAUGUUCAGACCCAAGAUCACCACAUUCUGUACUUUCCCCCCUCAUCUAUUAAUGAAAAGCGUUAUGCUACAGAACUGCACCCUGGGGAAGGAAAUGUUCCACUCUAAUUACUACUGACAAAGGAAAUCUACAGAUUGAUUAAAAACAAUAUGGGGGGAAUCAAAUAGAAAAUGCAAAGUACACAAACCUGCACGGGUGAGAACCACUGGCCAGGAUGCAAUGCAUUAGCCUACAAGGAGAAUUUGGGAGUGUGUUCAUUUGGAAGAAGGCCACUUGGAGAAAGGGCAGCACAAAUGACAUGAGCAGGCAAAGAGACACAGCGGUUUGGCUCAUCGGCUGUAGAUCAUUGGUAAGGUCUGUGCUGUGGUUUCAAAUUAAGGAAGAGCCAUGGAUCUUCUGGGUUUAGUCUAUUUGCUAGUCAUCUGCCAGCGUCCUCCCAAGCAGGAGUGGCAGGAGGUGUGGGAACAAUGGACCAUGGCUGGUUUGUGGUGGGAUGGGUUGUCAUUGCUGAGACCACAUUACCAGUGUUGGUAUCAGGCAGGGAAAAUUGUGUCUUCUAGAGCAUCUACUAUUCUUUGGAAAAGAUCAGUUACACCAUCCCUCCUACUGGCUGCAACAAAUCUGUACUGUGGCUCAGAACAACCUAGACUGUGGUAUACUGGCCCAUCUUUGAUAGCAUCUUCCCAGAGCUGUGCCAUAUAAAUGUGUGGGAAAUGCUAAGCUUCUCCAGCUGGGUUCAGGAGGUCACAAUAUAGCAAACAAACCUCUUUGUAUUGACUGUUUUUGGACAGUUUCUACAUGUCAAAACAUAAUCAAAAUUGAUCUUUAGAGAAGUAACACUAAUUCAUUAUUGCUGGCUCUCCCUACACCAUGGGUAUGCAUCUCUUUAAUCAUAAUUAUUGUUAAGAGGCUAAUUAAUCUGAUAACAGUAUUUAAUUGGAUUAGCUGAAGUAGAGUGUGUAAAUGAUUUUGGCUUCCCAGAGCCUGAAAUCACAAGUCUACAGAAUGAUUUCCAAAAGGCCUGUUUGGUAAUAUCACUGCUGACAUGGGGGUCAUGCCAUGGCUGUCCUAUUGACACGCAGCAUCUUGGCACUUGGAGUGGAGCUGAUCGUGGGAGUAUCUGAGGAAAGGAUUUUAGCUCAGAUCUGAUAUAUGCAGUGAGCCUCUUUAAUUCCCACUGAACUAAAUACGUGCUUAAAUGUCUUUGUGGAAAUAGGCUUUGUGCUUGAGUUUGUCUUACCUCUAGAGGAAAGAACCAGUUCUGUGUCUUAGAGAGAUAGGGUGAUGCAGAUGGGUGAGCAAAGGGCUCUGUUUUAGGAUGGAGCAUGGUUCUGGUACCCAUUUGGUAUAAAUGGCCAAAGUGCCUCAGCUGUGCUCUCUGGGGUGGAUUAUAGUUCUAGGAGAAAGGGUUGCCGGAUACGUGUCCAAACACAUCUGGACCACCUGGGGAAUGGGGAAGAUACAGUUGAGUUUCUGUGUCACAAGCUGGAUUGAUGAGGACACUGAUGCUAUGGCAUAUCCCUCUCUCAAACCCUCUCUGAGCAAGGUUUAAAAAGGCAGAGCAAAAGAUCGGAUUUCUUCCUGGCCUCUGGGUGAGAGUGAUGGGGGACAGGGCUGAUAUCUAUCUUGCACAGUGGGCAAGAGCUCAGGGCAGCAUUCUCCUUAGGAACCAAAACAUAGAACUUUGGUGACAGAUCCUUCAGAUAGCUCCAUAGCCAUUUCUUGUAAUGUUUCCUUUGAAGUACUUAGCACAUUUCUCUGAUCUCUCUGACUUGAAGCUCUUCUGAGAGCCCCUUCUGAAUGGUGAUGUGGCCGAGUUGGAGCUUUUUGUUAAGCAUGCAGCAGUGAGCAAAUCUCAUUAUUGUCUUUGUGUCAGUCGUCCAAAUGGAUCUGUGGGGCAGCUCAUAACUAUUCAUCGUGGUUGUGGCCACCAGAACCUGGGCAAAUUCUUCUGGUUGCUCUGGCAGUGGUCAUUUUGCCCAAAGAUUGGCCAAGUGCAACACAGGACCGAAGACCUACAUGUGAGAUCCUUUCAGCAUUACACAGUCACUUGUUGUGGGGGGUUUUUAUCCUCACUGUACAUUCCUUCCAUGUUUUUCAGCAUCUAAACCCCAGUUGCAUAGCUAUGGUGACUUGUCUUUCCAUGUGACUUCUCUUUUUCUUUAAGAAUUUCUUACUGUCACACAUGUCUUCUAGAAAAGAUGGAGCCCAUAUUGCUGUUUUUUAGCGUGUCUUUUCAAAUCCCAACAUGGAGAGAUACUGCCAUGAGAGGCAGCAAUAGGAAAUUCCUCUUCAUUGCUUAUAUUGUGCCAUUUUUAUUCUCCUGGGAAGAUUAGUGCAGCAGAGUCUGGUGUGGUCACCAUGGACCAACACAACUGGUACGCUCAACACGACUUAGUGAUCCUCUCAUGCCAGUUUACCUUCUUUUCGACUGCUCAGCUGCAUUUACAUUGUGGCAGAUACUUCCUGUAUAAGUUGGGAUAUUAUUUAGAUACUGGAGGACAAGUAUGGUACCUGCAUAACAAGAGAGGGAUCUCAGUGUCCAGGUUACAACAGGUUUAAGGCUGUUAACCUAGAAGUUGGCUUUAUUAAGUAAUUUCCUGGGUACCACACUGGGCACCACUCUUCUAGGUUAAUCCAUACAAAGUUAGUUUGAGUGUAAGUACUAGUGGGUUGGCCCUGUAUGAAAAAAUGACUAGUAUAUGCUUCAGAAAGACUCCUGUCUACUACAAACAACUAACUAAUAAGCAGCAAUUAUAAGAGGCUGGCUUAUUCUUUAGAAUGCAAACCUAAUCUUUCUUUUACAGAAUAUCAAUUUCCUAUAGUAUGCUAUACAACCAGUAAGCCAUCUGUUCUUUUUUGGCUUUGGCAAGGUCAGGAGUGAACUGUGGAAGAAGAAGGAAAAAAAAAAAAAGUGUUCUUUUUCCUCUUCCCUUGACUUGUUAAGAUUUGUGUGGCUGUUUGUUGCCAUUGAGAAGCAUUGACUAAAACUUUUGAUACUAGUGAUAUGAUGGCAAAGGAAAUUAUUUGGAGCUGGAUAGGUCAAUGGGAAAUGGGAGGAGGGCUUAAAAGUUGUUUCCAGUAGGCCAAAAGAAUGUGGAUACUGUCUCUUCAAGGUGCAAUUUCUUACUUCAACAAACUGUUCAUCUAUGAGAAACAGGGAUAAAAGUGUUCAAUUUGGGACCUAAGGAGUUUAUAUGGAAAUUCUUGGAUUUCUUCCAAACACACAUACAUGUUGAAAUUCAAUUGUGAUUCCUACUUUGGAGACUGAGCCUUCCUGCUCAGACAGAAGCGUGUGUGUAUGUGUGUGUUUGUGAGUGUGUGUUGAUGCUAUGUCUCUUUUGGAUCUCUUGACACUUUUUGGUGCAUUUUUGUACUUCUUUGAAUGUGCAUAUGUGGACUUACCGAUGGUGUAUUGACGGCAUUCUAAAGGCCCUCAACAGCCUGAGAUAGAGCAAAACUCUCUAAAUUUCUACCCUGGCUGAUACAUUUUCUGUGCAGCCCACAGAGCGUUAGGAGCACAGUCAUCUAGAAAGAGGAGCUGCUUGGCUGUGGAAACUGCACUGGGAAUUUACCUCCUGGAAGCUGUUUGCUCUGCUCAUUUCAGACCUCUAACUUCAACAUAGUUGUUGAGCUGGUCCUAGCAAAGGAGAAAGAGCAGGUCAUAAGCAUCAAGAUGUGAUUUGUUAAAACAGUGAUAACUUGAUUACAAAGAACCAAAUUAAAGACUCUUUUGUGUUUUCAUUUCUUUUUCUGGCCUUCUCCGUAAUGGGAGGGGAUGCCUUCACACAUGGCCUUAGAAUGCCGUACUGGAGUCAGAAUGCAACAACAGUCAAAUGAAAAUAAGAUGUAUUGCAGCUUACAUAAAGAAUGAAAACUGUAUCACACAAAUGUUUACAAGUCCAAGUAGACAGCGAACCCCUGUACAAUAUGUAAUUUAUGCAAGGGAUUGCAUCUUUCUUUUGUAAUGAAUGCACUAAGCAACCCUGUAUAUAUUUUACAAUGUCUUUACAGAGAAAAAAAAAAAAAGAAUCAUUUACUGUAGUGUUGUAAAAUAAUGCACUUUUCUAAUUUUUUCAUUAAAAAUCCUAUGGCACGUUUUCAAAUGUAUAUUGUUUCUUUUAUAUUGAAUGUGGAAAUGUUAACUUCCUGUAAAAUUGCACUACAGAAGUAAAAUCCACUGAUGGAACUUAUUUUGUUAAAAAAAAGUCCCUUGACAACCAACAGAUGUUUAUGAUUAUACAAUAUGUAUGUGUGUGCAUAUAUGUGUAUAUAGUGUAUAUGUAAUGUAUAUAUAUGUAUAUGCACAUACACACAUAUAUCUAGUGAUAUGUGUGUAUAUAUAAAAUUAUAUAGGUCCAGAUUUAUAUAUGAUUGUAUUAAUAUAAUACCUAUAGAUUGAUAGAUAUAUAGAUAUGUAUAUAUAUUCAUACAUACACACAAGAAUCACAAUGUACAAACCCAGAAAGGAUUACUCAUUACA